GAAAUGAAGCAUUUCAAGAAAUGGAUUCCUUGGUUGAUUCCUUUCUUUGUCAUUGCUAAUGUUGUUGUGUUCAUAAUCACCAUGUAUGUCAAUGAUUGUCCUCAUAACUCGAUCUCCUGCAUUGCGCGGUUCUUAGGUCGAUUCUCCUUUCAACCUUUCAACGAGAAUCCUCUUCUUGGACCUUCAAUGUUAACGUUGAUGAGUAUGGGGGCUUUGGAUGUGGAGAAAGUGGUUAGCAAACAUCAAGGUUGGCGCCUCAUAACUUGUAUGUGGUUACAUGGUGGAGUCUUCCAUCUUUUGGCAAAUAUGUUAGGCAUUUUAGUUGUUGGAAUUCGUCUUGAGCAAGAUUUUGGAUUUGUGCUUAUUGGACUACUAUUUGUAAUAUCUGGAUUUGGAGGUAGCUUGCUUUCAUCUCUAUUCAUUCAGAAAAGUAUCUCAGUUGGUGCUUCAAGUGCUCUUUUUGGCUUACUAGGAGGCAUGCUGUCAGAACUCAUUACUAAUUGGUCUAUAUAUGAUAAAAGGCUAGGAGCACUCUUAACCCUUGUGUCUAUAAUUACCAUCAAUCUAGCCGUCGGAAUUUUUCCACAUGUUGAUAACUUUGCUCAUAUUGGAGGGUUUCUUUCUGGAUUUCUUCUUGGGUUUGUGUUCUUAAUCCGUCCUCAGUUCGGAUGGAUUAAGCAAAAAUAUGCUACCUCAACAUAUAAUUCUCCGGCAUUAGUUAAAUCUAAAUUCAAGAUUUAUCAGUGCAUCUCUUGGCUCUUAGCCCUAAUUUUGUUGAUUGCCGGGUUUAGUGUUGGCUUGGUUGCACUUCUGAGUGGUGUUGAUGCAAAUGAUCACUGCUCUUGGUGCCAUUAUCUAUCUUGUGUCCCAACUUCAAGAUGGGGCUGCAAUCUAAAGAAUUUGACAUGCUUGACUGAGCAGAUUGAGAAUCAGGUAAAUGUGACAUGCUCAAACAAUGGAUUUGGAAAAUCUAUUUUAUAUGAUAUGCAAUAUCCAACCAACUCCAAGAUCCAAGAGUUGUGUUUUCAGGUUUGUAGUUGA